AUGGCUGCUGUCGCUUCCGCCACCGCCCCUUUACUCGCCAAAGCAGUCGAAGAACUGGCCAUAAGCACUAGUGCGCCGCCGGAGAAAUAUAUCCGCAAAGAAGGCCUUGGAGGCUCCGCCUCUGAGCUUCCAUAUCUUGAUAUUCCAGUUCUUGAUCUCAGCCUUCUGAAUUCUUCAACACCUGAAGCUGAAGAAGAACUCAAAAAACUAAGAAUUGGUUUUAGCUCCUGUGGGUACUUUCAGGCAAUAAAUCAUGGGAUAGAUACUUCAUUUCUUGAUGAAGUGCAUGAUAAGAAGAAAUAUGCAAGAGAUGUUGAUGAUAUUGAUGGCUAUGGAAACGACACCGUAUACUCUGAGAACCAAACACUUGAUUGGAAUGACAGAUUGUAUCUCAAUGUGAAGCCUGAGAACAAGAGGAAGAUGAAAGUGUGGCCUGAAAACCCUACAAAUUUUAGGCAAAUUUUGCUAGAUCUUACAGCCAAAUUAGAGAAUGUUAAUGAAAUUGUGUUCAAGGCCAUGGCAAAAUCACUGGGUUUGGAAGAAGACUGUUUCUUAAAACAGUGUGGAGAGAAUCCAAUAGCUCUUGCAAGAUUCAACUUAUAUCCUCCAUGCCCUACACCUGAUCUCGUUCUUGCUGCCAAAGCACAUGGAGAUGCAUCUGCAAUGACUUAUCUCUUGCAAGAUAAAGAAGUUGAAGGUCUUCAAGCCCUUAAAGAUGAUAAAUGGUAUAAAGUUCGGAUUGUUCCGAAUGCUAUUGUUGUUAACGUUGGCGACCAAGUCGAGAUAAUGACUAAUGGCAUAUUCAAGAGCCCAAUUCAUAGGGUUGCAACAAAUCGAGAAAGAGAGAGGAUGACAAUUGCUGUUUUCUUCGCUCCUGACGCAACCGGUGAAGGAAGAGGCCCAUUGAUGCUCUCAAAUUUUGAUGCCGAAAGUAAAAUAAGGCUUAAGUGA